AUGAAAAAUCCCAAAAAAUCUUCAAAAAAGUCAUCCAAAUCCAAAAUCAUUAAAAAUCUGUCUUCCCCUGAUAUUUUGCAUUGCCCGAUCCCAGUUAAACCAAGCACGUAUUUUACUUCAAACCAAAAAAUAAAUAGCAAGCAGAUUCUUGACUAUGACGCUUAUAAAUUAAUGAGAGACGCGUUUAAAUUAAGCCACAAAGGCGCCGUUAUGCUGCGCAGGUGUGUUAUUUAUUCUGAUAUUUCGACCGAAAUAAGACGGCUACCGCUUUUAACUCUUUUGACAGAAACUGCUGAAGAAAUGGUGAUGAAUGACUUAGAAAUUGCAGUGUGGAGUAUCUACUUAAAAAGAUUUGUAUGGGACGACAUAAAUCAGCCUUUUAAAGCAAUGCUUUAUAUAUAGCCUAAGCCUCCUUUUGGCUCAGGUUAUAUUGAUGUCUCCCGAUAUCGGAGGAGAGUUGGUUUUACCAGAAAUGUUAGCAAAAUCUGAGCCAAAAGGAGGAUCGGGAUAUAACUGCUUUAGCAGUAAAAUCCUAUAUGAAUCUUUCAGUUCAGCCGUUUAAAGCUUAUUUAGUUACCAAAAUUCCCAAUUUUUCUAAUAUAUACAAUUGUUGGGCUGGAAACAGAAAAAAUGCUUUAUCUAUUUUUCCGCAAGAGCUGAAUAGGGUGUAUAAAUCUUUGUCAAAGCCUGUGAUUUCGCAAGAUGAUUUAAAACUGAUUGACUAUAAUUAUUAUGUUGAUGAUAUUUUGGAGCUUGCCCCUUCAGUCCCUCAUAAGCCGCAUAAUGUUCUAGCUAAAGAAAAAGCUUUAGAGACUAUAAAAGAAGUUCCUGAAAACUUUUUUAUUAAUAUGGAGGCUUAUAAAGAAAUUGAGCCAACUGGAAUUUUAUUAGGAAAAAAAGACUCGAUUUUUUCUCCAAAUUUGAACUGUGAAACACCUACGCUAGCAACUUCAUGAAGCUAUAUGUCAGCUGGCAGCAAAAGUGGUCAAGAAACUGCUUGCUUCGACAAUUCAGAUUCCGAUGUAAAAAAUCAAGGUAAGCAUGAUACUUGCUAUGGAGAGCUCCCAGCUUUUAAUCCCCAGCAAUCUUUAUUUUCAUCAUAUUGGAAUGCUGGGAAACUUCAAGAGGACGAAAAACAUCAUGAUGAGGAAAUUCCUAUGUUUGCUAGCCAAAAAUCACUAUUUUCAUCAUUUUGGAAUACUCAACCUACAAAAUAA